UAUCCGACUCCUCCCCAACCGUAGCCUAUGGUAAAGAUGGCGUCCAUCAUGGAGGGGCCGCUUAGCAAGUGGACUAACGUCAUGAAAGGUUGGCAGUAUCGGUGGUUUGUGCUGGACUACAACGCCGGCUUGCUGUCAUACUACACGUCAAAGGACAAGAUGAUGCGAGGAUCCAGAAGAGGCUGUGUGCGACUCAGGGGAGCUGUGAUCGGCAUUGAUGACGAGGACGACAGCACAUUCACCAUCACUGUGGACCAGAAGACUUUCCAUUUCCAAGGUGCUUGAGUGAGCGACUGCCUGACAUCACCAGGUUCUUGUCUGAUGGAGAGGAUGAGAGCCCGAGAUGCAGAUGAGCGGGAGAAGUGGAUCCACGCCUUAGAGGGAACCAUCCUCCGUCACACCCUCCAGCUCAGAGAGGCUGAGACAGGAUUUGUUCCGAGUGUUCAAGACUUUGAUAAGAAGCUCGCUGAAGCGGACGCCUACCUACAGAUUCUGAUUGACCAGUUAAAGCUGUUUGAUGAGAAGAUCAAGGACUGCAAAGAGGAUGAGUCACGCAGAAAAAUUGAAAAUUUGAAAGAGACUACUUGUAGUAUGGUAGAGUCCAUCAAGCACUGCAUUGUACUGCUGCAAAUUGCCAAGGACCAAAGUAACGAACAGCAACACGCAAACGGACUUAUAAGCACCAUCAACCCUGUGGAUGGGAUCUACCAGCCCCCUCUGGAUAGUCCUGUAGUCAACACCACGAUGCCAACACAGACCACACUACCAACAGACGCUUCUCAGGUGUGUAAAUCAGACCAACGACCUUCUACAUUACCUGUUGGUCCCGUUGUCACGGUGAUGGGCAGUCUGCAAACCCCAACUCCCAACAGCACAGGGAGCGGUGCAUCAGGCCCCAGCAGUGGCGUCGCUUCCCCGGCUCACAUGCCCCUGCCCUUGCACUCUGUGCCAGAUUUCUCCUAUUCCUCCAGCGAGGAUGAGUUCUACGACGCUGACGAGUUUUACCAGACCAGCACUUCCCCCAAACACUGCAUAGAUCCCUCAGGGCCUGCAGCUGCCCCGCCCCGCACAAAUGAACAAACGGCGCUGAAACGACCAGACACCACAGAGUCCCUCAACUCGUCCAUGUCCAAUGGUACGACAGAAGCAGAUCCGUUUGAUAGCCACGACGACCGUGACGAUGACGGAGAAGGCGAGUCAGUGGAGGAGCACAAGAGUGUCAUCAUGCAUCUGCUCUCUCAAGUUCGUUUGGGCAUGGACCUCACAAAGGUGGUCCUGCCUACCUUCAUCCUAGAGAGGAGAUCUCUGCUAGAAAUGUACGCUGACUUCUUUGCACACCCUGACUUGUUUGUAAGUAUCGCUGAGCAGCCGGAGCCCCGAGAGCGCAUGGUUCACGUGGUGAAGUGGUACAUGUCGGCCUUCCAUGCAGGGAGGAAAGGCUCAGUGGCCAAGAAACCUUACAAUCCAAUCCUGGGAGAAGUGUUCUACUGCCACUGGGAUCUGCCCAGCGAGGCAGAGGAGCCCUCCCCACACACGACCACUGUUCAGGAGACGGUGUCAGAGGGUCCAGUUCCCUGGUCUUCAACCAAUAGUGUUUGUUUUGUUGCGGAGCAGGUCUCUCACCACCCACCCAUUUCUGCAUUCUACGCAGAGUGUUUAAAUAAGAAGAUCCAGUUCAACGCUCACAUCUGGACCAAGUCAAAGUUCUUAGGCAUGUCCAUAGGCGUCCACAACAUCGGCCAAGGUUGUGUGUCAUGUUUGGAGCACGAUGAACAUUACAUCCUCACCUUCCCUAAUGGAUAUGGCAGGUCAAUUCUGACUGUGCCAUGGGUGGAGCUGGGUGGGGAGUGCAACAUCUCCUGCUCCAAGUCUGGCUACAGCGCUAACAUUGUGUUCCACACCAAACCCUUCUAUGGAGGAAAGAAGCACAGGAUCACUGCUGAGAUUUUCCCACCCAAUGAUAAGAAGUCUUUCUGCUCCAUUGAAGGGGAAUGGAAUGGAGUGAUGUACGCCAAGUGGGCAACUGGAGAGAACACAGUGUUCAUAGACACUAAGAGGCUGGGUAUCGUCAAGAAGAAAGUGAGAAAGCUGGAAGACCAGCUUGAGUACGAGUCCCGAAGAUUGUGGAGAGAUGUGACGCUGAACCUGAAGCUGAAAGACAUUGAUGAAGCGACAGAUGCCAAACACCGGUUGGAGGAGAAACAGAGAGCCGAAGCACGAGAGAGGAAGGAGAACGAGCAGCAGUGGGAGACGAGGCUAUUCCACGAGGACGGGGAGUGCUGGGUCUACGAUGAACCUCUAUUAAAGAGAUUAGCCUCUCAGAGGCAGUGAGAAGACGCACACUCGGAUGCAAACACACACAUGUAUGCAUAAAGAAAUGCACACACGGCAGAGUCUUCAUAAGAACUCUUUUGCAAAAAAACACACUUCUUAUCCAAGCCUUGGAAUGACUGAUGAUUGAAUAUGUACACAGCUUUGCAUUUGACUGUAAAACUACAAUAAUGGAAAUGAAUGAAAUCGAAUGGGAAAGCAUCAAAGAUGUAACCGGAAAAUAAGCAACGCUCUUCUCCUUCUUUGGGCAAACUCACUUUCAUCUCCAUCGACACCAGUCAUCAUGAGACCUGUCUGCACUGAGACGAGAUGGGAGCGUCUUUCCGCUUUUCGUCUCUCGACUCUGUUCCAUCAGCUUCACGACCACACCCAUCAUCAGCUCCACGACGAGCCAGAGCAGCACUCAUUUCCUUACACAUUUGUUGGGGGGGUUGGGGGUGGGGGGUAAAGGGUUGUGUGGUUUGUGUUCAAAUCAAAUAAACCUUGUCAAAUAAAACAGAGCUCUACAUCUCAGGGAAUCUGGUGACUGAGGGGAAAAAAAGCUGCCGCCCCCUCUGAGAGUCUGACAGCCUUAUAACGGUGGGACGGAUUGAUCUUAAAGGGGCGGGGGAGAAAUUCUCUGCUUCCCUGCAACUAGUUAUUACUGUUGUUUAUAUAUAGAUAUAUACAUAUGAUUGAUAUAUAAAUAUGUAUUCUUUUUUAUUUUCAAUGCUCUGUUUAUUUUUCUUUCUGGCAAUAGUGUAAAAUAUUUGAGGAUAUGAAAUGUAUGGCUUUACAUCUUUAGGAAUCAUUCCAUUUUCUCGUUUUGAUGUUUUGUUCACGUUUUUAAAGUUAAUUUGCCGCCUAUUUGGUGGUGUCUCAAGUGUUUCCAGAAAUAAAGCCCUGCAUAACCCACAGCACAGAUUUAUGGAAUAUAUAUGCAAUAUAGAAAUCAUUUGUUGCCUGUCACUGGACAUGUUUGUAUGUCCGUUAUGCCAAAAAAAAGGUUUAGAGAAGAGGCUGAAGGAACUUUGAUCCAGGUGGAGAACAAAGAAUCCUCUAAAACAUGUUUCCAUGCUACCUGAAAGCAUUUAUGAACAAAUGAUUGUUUACAUAUUUUUUGUCUUUCUGGAUUGCUGGUCUGUGAUAAUGAUGAGGAGGUAAGGUUUGGACUGAGUCUGUGAAGUCUCCCUUUUGUUCUGCACAUUACAUCUCUUCUUGUGUCCUUUCCAAACUCACUGAUACCAGAGUGGAUGUGUACUCAUGUCAGAGUGUAAGGAGCGAGAAAGAGGAACACGAGUUCACCUUUUAAACACUAUUUCUGUUUCAUAGUGCUGCUCUGGCCAAACUGCAUUAUACUGGUUCAGUUUUCUUGUAAUCUCUUUUUUGUCCAUUGUUUUUCAAGAGAGGAACCACAUAGAGGGCAGUAUUUAUCCUAUUGUAAACCUCUGCUUUUUGAACUAUUAUUCAUUCUCUUAUUUACAGCUACGUAGGUUGAAUCUAAAUGCCGUCAUAUUUCAAUAUGCAGAAAUUACAAAAAAAAACAAUACAAAGUUCACCUGAAAAUGCCUGAGAACAUCUCUUAAUGCUGUAUCAAGCUCAUGACAGACCCCCCUUAUCUUAUGAUUUGGCUUUCUUAGAAAUUUGGCCAUUACAUUAAAUAAUCUGAGGGAAGUAAGUACAGUAAAAGAACUUCUGAGACUUCAAUUCAAUUAAUCCUUUAAAGGGAUUUAUAAAGACAUUGUUGCUGCAGUUGAAUUUAAUCCUCUGAAUCUGACAAAAAAAGGUUUUUUAGAAACAACCCAAAUGAAAUUCAGAGUCCAGUUAAAUUUGAAGUUACUACUUUUUUCCCCUCCAUGGUUUGUCUUUGUAAAUUAAAUUGAAUUGAGGCCUUGCCAUACAUUUCAGUAUCACUGUCGUCUGAUGGAGAGUAAUCGAAAACAAAAUGUAUUUUUUUUCCCCUUCUGAUCAUAACCAUUGAUUGUAUGUUUAUUAAUGCAUAAUAUUAAAUCUCCAUGAGUUUAA